CGGCCUGCCCCCGUGACGUCAUGUGUUGGUGUGUGUAUGUGGACUGCGGGUCGAACGGUCGCCAGAAUUUCAAACUCCGUCCUGCGCCGACCUGACGUGCUUCUCCGAGCACCAUGAAGAGGGUCAGACAACUCAGCAGCAGCGACGAGUCUGACCAUGGCAGUAACUCCACCUGCUGGUCGCAGCACUCUCAGACGAUGGCCCGACGGAGUACAGGCAUGAAGGCGUCUGAGGUGUUCCGGACGGACCUGAUCACAGCGAUGAAGGUCCAUGACUCCCAGUGUCUGAGUGCGGAGGACUUCUACGUUCUGGCCGACCCCUGGAGGCAGGACUGGGAGAAGGGGGUCCAGGUCCCCGUCAGCCCCCAGUCUCUGCCCCAGCCAAUCGCCAGGGUGGUGUGUGAGCCCAGCAGGGAGACCAGCUACACGCGUCCUAAGAAGCUGGUGCGCCUGUCGGGCUCCGAGGCGCUGGGCUACGUGGACAUUCGGACGCUAGCCGACGCCGUCUGCCGCUACGACCUCAACGAGGACGACCAGGCCUGGCUGCUGGCCGUCAACCAGGAGCUCCGGGAGAUGGGGUUGCCCUUGUUGGACGAGAUCACCAUGGAGACGGUGAUGGAGGAGUUUGAGCGCCAUUGCCAUGACAACAUGAGCCACGCCGUGCAGACGGAGGAGGGCCUGGGCAUCGAGUACGACGACGACGUGGUGUGUGAGGUGUGCCACUCCCCCGACGGAGAGGACAACAACGAGAUGGUGUUCUGUGACAAGUGCAACAUCUGCGUCCACCAGGCGUGCUACGGGAUCCAGAAGGUUCCCGAGGGCAGCUGGCUGUGCCGGACGUGUGCGCUGGGUUUGUCCCCUCGCUGCCAGCUGUGUCCCCAGAGGGGCGGGGCCAUGAAGCCCACGCGCAGCGGGACCAAGUGGGCCCACGUCAGCUGCGCCCUCUGGAUCCCUGAGGUGAGCAUCGGGAACCCAGAGAAGAUGGAGCCCAUCACCAACGUGUCCCACAUCCCCAGCAGCCGCUGGGCGCUGCUCUGCUGCGUCUGCCAGGACAAGACCGGGGCCUGCAUACAGUGCUCGGCUAAGAACUGCCGCGUCGCGUUCCACGUGACCUGCGGCCUCAAGAACAAGCUGAAGAUGAUCACCUUCCUCACCGAGGAAGACGAGGUCAAGUUCAAGUCCUUCUGCCCCAAACACUCGGGCCCGGAGGAGGAGGAGGAGGAGGAGGAGGGCGGGGCCGACAAGAGGAGCUGGAGGAGGGGCCGGGUGAGAGGCGAAGAGGACGAGCAGGAGGACAAGAAGAGGGGGAACCUCCGGCAGCUGAAGCUGCAGCAGCUGGAGGAGGAGUUCCCGGCGUUCGUGGCGGCGGAGGAGGUGGCGGAGCGGCUGCGGCUGUCGGCCGAGCUGGUGGACUUCCUGUUCCAGUACUGGAAGCUGAAGCGCAAAGCCAACUUCAACCAGCCGCUCCUCACCCCCAAGAAGGAGGAGGAGGAGAGCCUGGCCCGCCGCGAGCAGGAGGUGCUGCUGAGGCGCCUCCAGCUCUUCACCCACCUCCGGCAGGACCUGGAGAGGGUGAGGAACCUGAGCUACAUGGUGACCAGGAGGGAGAAGAUGAAGAGGUCGCUCUGCCGCCUCCAGGAGCAGAUGUUCCACAAGCAGCUCCUCCUGCUGGAGCAGCUCAGUGCCGAUCCUUCGGCCACGGACCCGGACCAGAACCUCUCGGAGGGCUCCUCCUCCACCACCUCCUCCACCACCUCCUCCACCACCUCCACCACCUCCACCUCCUCCACCUCCUCCUCCUCCAAGGGCCGGAGGCUGAGGCCCGACAGGAGGACCAGGGGGAGGAGCUCCCCAGCCUCUCCUCCCCACGGCGCCAAGGGGUCCGGGAGCAGGAGCACCAGACAGCCCGCCCCCGACCAGAACCAGGGCGCCCUCCCCGAGGGCCGCAGGGGCCCCGAGCGGGGGUCCCCGGUCCCGGAGGGGAGGAGGAAGGCCUCAGAGGGCCCCUCCCCCCGGCGCCUGGAUAAGACGGUGUGCGUCCGGCUGGUGGACAUCCGCCUGCUCCACCCGCCCCCCGGCUCCACCUACAGCACCAGCUGCAGCCAGCUGAAGAACUGGGGCAAGUUCAGGAUCCCCAAGAGGGCGGAGAGACCCCCCCCCUCGGAACUCCCGAGCCCCGAGGCCCCCCGGCCCCGCCUCCGCUCCGGGGCCGCGCCCCCCGGGGCCCCGCCCACCGGGCAGGGGGCGGAGCCCGGCGGCCAGGAGGCGGAGCCCAGCCCGAAGCGAUGUCACUCCCACCAGCUGAGAAGGGACGCCACGCUCGGCCGUCGCUACGGCAACCACAUCAUCCGGCAGGGCGUGCUGGCGUCUUGACGAGAGGGCGGAGCCUAUCGUCCUAGCCGUGUCCAAUGAGACGUCUCCGACAGAACCCAGCCCAUAUUUAUGUUAAUUUGUAAGAUGUGUACAAAUUUGGGAAAUAUUUUACUUUAUUUUAUUUUCAUUAAUUUCGAGCAGAAGGAUCGUCCAGCUGCCAUGAAGUCCUGCCUGCUGGUUAAGGAGCUACAUGCUACUAAAGAGCUAACUGCUAGUUUGGCUACUGUCUGCUCGGGGAAGUGGUGUUCGUUCUGGAAUGCCAGCAUCAGUUUAGCGUGGAAGAAGAAUCAAGGACUUCUUCAUGUCCGUCAUUCACAGCUCUGAUAAACAAGCUGAAUCAUGAGCCUCUUCGCCCUGCCAUAGUGCCUAACUUAACGUGUUAAAUCUUGAAAACGUUUAGCCUUCAACAUGUUUAGACGUUAAUGCCUGAGGUCUUUAAUUUGUUAAGUCUUUAUGCUUUAAAUCUUUAAUGACAGUCUUUCAUGUGUCAAGUCUUUAAUGCGUUUAGUCUUUAAUGCUUUAAAUCUUUAAUCAGUCCAUCCAGAAAAAUGCGCAGUUUUUUUGUGAUUGUUGCGGCCAAAAAUCCUUGAUAAUGUGGCCCGUUUUCUUAAAAAUGUGAUGAAAUAUGCGGCAUAUUUAUGCAAUUGUAUGCGAUGAAAUUGCGGGAACUUGCGAAAAAAUGCGGGAACUUGCGAAAAUGCAGCUUUUCGAUGACGUCACGUAAUUACGUCAAGUAAAGGCAAGUAAACGCAACAUUUUUCAACUUUCUGCUAAGAUAUACGUGACUUUUUUGCAACGGAAAUGCAGGGAUUAUGAAAUCAUGCACGCCCUGUAUAUUUUGCGCGGAAACCUGCAAUUUAUGCGGUGAAAGUGCGGCAUAUUUGAAAAAAUGCGGCCCCCGCAUGAAUAUGCAGACUUUGGCUGAUUGUGCGUUGAAUUAUGCGAUCGCAUAAUCACGUUUUUCUGGAGGGACUGUUCAAUGCGUUUAGUCUUUAAUGCCUCGAGUCUUUAUGCUUCAAGUCUUUAUGCCUUAAGUCUUUAAUGCAUUAGGUCUUACAUGUGGGCUUCAUUGUGUAUAACCUUUGUGUUUAACCUUUAAUGUUUGCACUAUCAGAGGACUGUGAGUUCAGAUAUUUUUACACUGAAUACUAAUUUUGUACUUUCACCUGCUGCUGAACUCUUAUGCAAAAUAAAACAUUUCUAAAUGUUUUCCCUUUAAGAAUACAUUUCAGCAUUUUUCCACUUCAAUGGAGUGGUUUGAAUCUUUUUCUGAGUGCGGUUUACCCUAAACACCAACCAGCGGGACAACACGCUGGUUUAUACUGGUGGGAGACUAGUGACCACACACUGGUUUAUACUGGUGGGAGACUAGUGACCACACACUGGUUUAAGAUGGUCUGAGACUAGUGACCACAUACUGGUUUAUGAUGGUGGGAGACUAGUGACCACACACUGGUUUAUGAUGGUGGGAGACUAGUGACCGCACACUGGUUUAUGAUGGUGUGAGACUAGUGACCACAUACUGGUUUAUGAUGGUGUGAGACUAGUGACCACAUACUGGUUUAUGAUGAUGGGAGACUGAUGACCACAUACUGGUUUAUGAUGGAAAAUACGAUAUUCAUGACUUAAAAUCGAAGUGGUCAAAAUACGAUACUUAUGACUCGUGGGCUUUAGGUCAGUUAUCGUAGUUAUGCAUAUUUGAAUAACACAAUAUGACAGGUUCGAUGACAGCGGCCGGAUUAAUUAUAAUCCGUCUCAAUUGCUUAGGCCUGACUUAAGCUUGAGUUUUCUGGUCCCUAAUUUGACCAGUCGAAUGAGUCUCAUGAAAAUAUGAUAGAUAUAAUAAUAAAGACUAUAUAUAGUGUUUUGACCACUUGAAUAUGAGGAGCCUUAUGAACAUUUAAUAUAUAAUAGUGUUUUUUAUGUGUGUCUAAAUUAAUGUAUGCCAUACAUCAGAUAACCUUGUUUUCAAAGUAGGCCUACAACAUUUCAAUGUUAUGAAUUCAAUGUGGUUUACAUUUCGGCUAUUGAAUUUUAAAUAGCUUUUAAAGUUCAAAACAUUAUGGCAUUGAUCUGCUUCCAUAUCUUUCAACUCUCAGACUUUCCAGCAGCACGCAUAAUCUGUGUCCUCAUCAGUGUCACUAAUCCUGACCGAAUCAACAAGGUCGACAAGGUUCCCAUGGAUCCGCAACCUCCUGGAACACGUUCAGCCCAGAAGGCUAGUGGUUCUAAGCACAGAAAACGAUAUCAAAUAUAAUGGGAACAAGAUAAUAAAAUAUAGUGGUUUUGAGUACUAGGCUCCAAGAAUAACUUUGUAUAAUAUCAAAUAUAAUAUGUUUUUUCCGAAGGCAUCAACAGUAGCCUACAGUUCAGUCUGUUCCCAGUCAUGGGACAGCAGCUAAUGGGAGUCAGUGCAGAAUGAUAGGAUUCGAGGAGGAGAAGAUAUUUGUGAUUUUCGUGCUUAAUUCCCAUUUCACCGGAUGGCUGUGUUGGCUAAUUCAAUUAUAGCAUGUUCAUGUAAACAGGCAGGCCUUCAAAAGUGUGUGAAACCUCUGCAGCUGCUGCUAAGAAGUUGAAACCCCCCUGGACUUCACCAAAAUACCAUUUACAUUUAUAUUUAUAUCAAUAUUAUGAUACGUAUCCAAAAUAUAAUAUAUAUAACAUAAUAUCUAUCCACAAUGUAAUAUAUAUAUAAUAUCACAUAAUAUAUACCCACAAUAUUAUAUACAAAAAAAGUGUAUCACUUUGAUACUAUAUCACAGUGAUAAAGAGUCUCUCAAAGUCAUCUUGAAAGAAUCUCCCUCCCCAAACCUAUCCCAAAACGUUACAUUUUUU